AUGGCGAAAAUGAAACAGUUUUUAGUCAUUGGAGUAGCAUGUUGUUUAUUGUUUGCAGUUGCUGCUGCUGCAGAUGACGACGAUGAUGAGGAUCUCACUCUUGAUGAUGACAUUGGAAAGAGCAGAGAGGGUUCCAGAACGGAUGAUGAAGUUGUACAAAGGGAAGAGCAAGCCAUAAAACUAGAUGGGCUAAGUGUAGGACAGAUGAAAGAACUCAGAGAGCAAUCUGAGAAAUUUGCAUUCCAAGCUGAAGUCAAUCGUAUGAUGAAACUGAUUAUUAAUUCUCUAUACAAGAACAAAGAGAUUUUCUUGAGAGAGUUGAUCUCAAAUGCUUCUGAUGCACUGGAUAAGAUUCGCUUCCUCUCGCUGACGGAUAAGAAUGCUCUAGCAGCAACUGAUGAGCUAACUAUCAAAAUAAAGGCUGACAAGGAGAACAAUGCUCUGCACAUCACAGAUACAGGCAUUGGCAUGACAAAGGAUGAUCUCAUUAAAAAUCUCGGGACAAUAGCAAAAUCUGGAACCAGUGACUUCCUGGCCAAACUUGGGGAAGCCAACUCAGCCACUGAAACUAGUGACCUGAUUGGACAGUUUGGUGUUGGUUUCUACUCUGCAUUCCUCGUUGCGGACAGGGUGAUUGUGACAUCCAAACACAAUGAUGAUGAUCAGUACAUUUGGGAGUCGGAUGCUGAGAGCUUCAGUGUUAUUAAAGAUCCACGUGGUAACACUCUAGGCCGAGGCACCACUGUCACCUUGCAGUUGAAGGAGGAGGCCCAAGACUAUCUUGAAGAAAACACACUGAAGAACUUGGUGAAGAAAUACAGUCAGUUCAUUACCUUCAGUAUCUACCUCUGGACAAGCCAGGAGCAACAGGUGGAAGAGCCUAUUGAUGAAGAUACAGCUGAGAAGGAGUCGAGUGAUGAUGAGGAGGAUGAAGAAGCCAAGGUCGAAGAGGAAGAAGAAACCGAAAAACCCAAAACCAAAAAGGUGACCAAGACUGUUUGGGACUGGGAACUGAUGAACAGUGUAAAGCCUAUUUGGACUCGCAAACCAUCAGAAGUUACAGAUGAAGAAUACAAUGCUUUCUACAAGUCUAUUUCCAAAGAAAGCUCCGAACCCCUGGCCAAGAUUCAUUUCACUGCAGAAGGAGAGGUGACUUUCAAGUCAAUACUGUUUGUGCCUCAGACGGCUCCCCAUGACACCUUCUCCAACUAUGGAAAGAAGGUUGAUCACAUUAAGAUGUAUGUGCGCAGAGUGUUUAUCACUGAUGACUUUGAAGACAUGAUGCCCAAGUAUUUGACCUUUAUUCGUGGUGUCGUCGACUCUGAUGACCUCCCACUGAAUGUCUCCCGUGAGACUUUGCAGCAGCAUAAGCUGUUGAAGGUCAUCAAAAAGAAACUGGUGCGCAAGGCAUUGGACAUGAUCAAGAAAAUUGACAAAGAAUCCUAUGAUAAAUUCUGGAAGGAAUUUAGCACAAACAUCAAGCUGGGUGUUAUUGAAGACACAUCAAACAGAACACGUCUGGCCAAACUGUUGAAGUUCUACUCCUCCAACUCUCAGACUGAACAAACCUUUUUAGCUGAUUAUUUGGAGAGGAUGAAGGACAAGCAGGAAGCUAUCUAUUUCAUCGCUGGAACCAGCAGAGAAGAGGUGGAAAACUCUCCCUUUGUGGAGCGUCUGUUGAAAAAGGGUUACGAAGUCCUGUACCUCACAGAACCUGUUGAUGAAUACUGCAUCCAGUCAUUGCCUGAGUUUGAAGGCAAGAAGUUCCAGAACAUUGCUAAAGAGGGCUUGAAUCUGGACACAUCUGAGAAGGCCAAAGAAAAGAAAGAGGCCCUAGAGAAGGAGUUUAAGCCUGUAACAGACUGGCUGAAAGACAUUGCUCUUAAGGACUUGAUUGAAAAAGCUACAAUCUCUGAACGUUUGACAAACUCCCCAUGUGCCUUAGUUGCAAGUCAGUAUGGUUGGUCAGGAAAUAUGGAGAGGAUCAUGAAGUCUCAGGCAUAUGCUAAACAGGGUGAUGCAUCAUCCCAAUUCUAUGCCAGCCAGAAGAAGACUCUUGAGAUUAAUGCAAAACACCCUCUUGUCAGGAAGCUGAAAGAACUGGUUGAAACUAAUGCUAAUGAUGAAACUGCUAAAGAUUUGGCUAAAGUGUUGUUUGACACAGCCACACUGAGAUCCGGUUUCCAGGUUAAAGAUACACUGGACUUUGCUCAGCGCGUUGAAAAGAUGUUGAGAAUGAGUGUAGAUGUGGACCUCAAUGAAAAGGUUGAGGAUGAACCUGAGGAGGAAGAGGAUGUUGCAGCAGACAAUACUAAUGAUGAUGAUGGUGCUGAAGAUGAUGGAGAGGAGGUCACCGAUGAAGAUAAAGAUUCUGAUGAAGCUCCCAAGGAUGAGUUGUAA